CAAUCUCGAUUUCCCAUUUCUGAAUGGGAGGAUUAACGAGUAUGCCGGGAUGAAUUAUUCCUAUAUUGUGGGUAUCUGUAAUGGUUUAGUUUGCAUAUAUUACUCUCCCUAUAUAUAUCCCUUGAUUAUAUGCAAUCCCUCCACCAGACAGUUUCAGGAAAUUCGGAAUGAGGUGGAUUACAAUGCUUAUGAAACGGUUAAGCAGGUCAGUCUUGGGUUUGGCUUCCAUCCCAGUACUAAUGAAUACAAGUUGAUUAGGAUUGUGCUUUAUUCUACUCCUAUCAGGAAAUACAAUAUCCGAGCUAAUUUCUAUGUUAUGAGCACCAAUACUUGGACGGAAAUUGAUUUUAAUAAGCUGUCGUUGCUCUUGGGGGAGAUGAAUGAAUCGAGGGAGUGUGAUAGCAUCGUGCAAAUAGCUGGAUCUCCUACUACAACCUUGAAUGGAGUUUUCCAUUGGCUUGCAGAAAUAGUCUCAACUGAUCAAGUGGUUGUUAUGUCUUUCGACAUGGGUAAUGAGGUGUUCAGAAGAAUAAGAAAACCAUAGUGUUUGCAUAUGAUUCUGAAUUUAACUAACUGGGAAUUUACAGAGUUGGAUUGUAAAAUUGGUUGUUUCUCCUGAUGAAAGGAGCUUCGAUGUGUGGGUGUUGAAUGAAAACGAGAGUUGUUGGACUAACCAAAUUAAAGUUGGGCCUUUUCUGAGGAUUGCAAGUGAUAUGGGAUACGAGUUAGAUGGUGAUAUUACAGUUGUGGGAGGUGGGAAAAAUGGUGAAUUGUUAGUGACUGAGCAUAAUUAUUUUGGUGAGCUGCAGCUCUUUUCAUAUGAUACAAAGACCCAGGAAGCUAUGGAUCUUUAUUGUGGUAAGGUUCCGUAUGGAUCUACUGUUUAUAUGUAUGCAGGGACUCUACUUCCAGUUAUGCAAGCCAGUAAAAUCGUGCUCAACAAGUAGAACAAGAAGCAAAGCACUUAAUUGGCGGAAGCAACUCAGGUGUGAC